UCAAAAGUUGACUGCAGCUGUAUAAACAGUUGUUAAAGCUCCUGACAAUGGAUACCCUGCCUUAAACAAAAAACGCUAACACGUAAUGUAACGUAAAUUGAGCAGCUAACCGACGGAGCUGUCUUACCGCCGGGGAAACGUUAUCGUUACACGGGACAAACAUGGAUUUUCUGGGGAAUGUUUACUAAAGACAGGAGGGCAACAACAACUUUUGUUCUCAAUGAGAGAGAACAACAUGAAGUCGAAACACACCCACAGGCAUCCAGAACCCAACUGGCAAGGGAAAGGAGCCGGUAAAGCCUGUGAAAAGAGCCAAGCGAAGCCAACAUGUGUGUCUUCUCCUGCUCCAGUCAAACCUUUUGCUGGGAAAGUGUUUUACCUGGACCUGCCUUCAAACAGAAAAGCAGAGAAAUUGGAGGGUGACAUCAAAGACCUGGGAGGGACUGUUGAGAAGUUCUUCAGCAAAGAAAUUAGGUAUCUGGUGUCCAACAAGAGGGAGGCUAGAUAUGUGCACUGCCUCAGGAAGGACCCUCCGGUCCCCAGCCCGGGGUCCGGCCCCAGCUCCCCUCAGCCGGCACCACAGCAGCAGCAGCCAGCAGCCUGGGGACAACAUGAAGAGCAAGUCUCAGGGCCAAACGGAUUCUGUGAGUUCACCUUUUUUAUUCCGAGUCGAGGGAAGUCUUUGGUGGAGAGAGUGGUGAAAGAGCAGGAGAGGGUGAAAAUGAACAAGAUCCUGUCAAAUGCUCUGGAGUGGGGUGUGAAAAUUGUCUAUAUAGAUGCUAUAGUUGCAUAUAUUCAGAAGAAGCAAAAGAAUUGCAGCAGGCAGUGUCCGGCUACCACUGCUGCCAAGACAAGUGUGAAAGCUGGCUCAGCAGCGAAGCAAGGCUUUCAGAAAUGCAAAGCGGGGCGGAUCAGUAAACCCUUCGUCAAGGUCGAGGAUUCAAGCAGGCAUUACCGUCCAAUCAGCCUCACUAUGCCGAACAUGCCGGUCUUCAACUUGAAGACUCUUCCUCCCUGUAGUCCCUUCUUUGUCCACGACAAGGUGAAUCCUGGGAUUAAACAGCCGGGACACAGAGGUGUGAAAGCCUCGGCCAGCGAGGAGCGAGCAAACGUCCGAAAGAAGAACAGAGACAAGAAGCGAGGCGGUUACUGCGAGUGCUGCCUGAUAAAAUAUGAGAACGUCUCAAUGCAUCUAAAGAGUGAACGUCACAAGGAUUUCUCCAAGAGCGAUGAGUACCUGGUGGUGGACCAACUGGUGUCAACCCUGCACUUCAACUUCCUCCACAUCAAAUCUCAGGUUAAAAGACUGAAGUGCAGUGUUUCCUCUGUUCUCUUUGUUCCCGAACCCUGUGGGAAAACUGCUCUGAGACACGAGACGGAUCUGGAUCCCACAGAGAUUAUUAAAGGAGAGCAGCAUCAGACUGCUGAUGGCCACAUGGGAUCUUACUCGGGACACACCUUAAAAAUCAGUUCAGUUACGGAUUCUGCUCCUCUGAAUCACAUUGAGGGGGAGAGGAGGAACAAUCACUCAAACUCGGACAGAUCAAAGCGCAAAUCUCUUGCACGUAAACGGCCGUGCCGACAGAACUCUUUGACUUCUCGCACCCAAAAAGCAGAGCAGACUCUGAAUGAUCAGCAGAAUAUGGAAACGGCGCCCUCUGGAGGUGAAUUUCUUCGCUCCAGAGAGACUCAGGACAACAAGGAGCACCAAACAAUAUCUCCACGCAUGAACAGCUCUCCCUCUCACCUCCAUGAUGUGAACACUCAUCAGCUAGAGGAGUCUGAUGAGAAGCAGGACUCCUCGGUGUGUGAGGCUGCUCAGGAAGGAAACGUUCUGCCCGACCAAAAGACUGGAAACAACCUUUCGGAAAGGGAAGGAGUGAGCCUUCCUUCAGCAAGUCUCGCUCCUGUCAUACAGAGGAGGGUGAGAGUUUAUAAACGCAAAAGACGGAAAAUGAGCACACACGAUGAAAGUGCGAAGCCGAGUGACAUCCCCAACAAAUCCCUGCUGAGACUUUUUCAGUCGAGUGAUGACAUGGAAGUAGAGUUUCUGGGGUUUGAGGACUAG